AUGAACUUCCGGCUAUUUGUUGAAGCACCAGAGAAAACCGAGGCUUGCCUACGAGAUCUUCAAAGUCUUCAGGGACUACUUGUGGGCAUCUUUCCCGAGUAUCUGGAGAAGAUAUUCAAAGCGUUUGAGGAGGUGUUGGGCAAUAUCCGGCAGGAUUUGCAAGUUCUAAAGGAAACUUUGCUGCAUGAAAAGUUUGUCACGGAUGAGGAAUGCCUUGAACCUCUGAUCAAUGAACUAACUGAAUCAGUAAUCGGAGAGCUAAAAACAAAAGCAGAGGGUUCGCUCGCCUACCUAGAAGUAAGAUCUUUUGACUUUCUACCACUUAUUAAAAUGGGCUAA